GCACUUUCCUCGGAUUGGUUCCCGUCAGUUGUCCAUGGAAUACUUGGAGCAAAAUCCUCGUGCUAGUCGUUGGUCACAUAGCAAGAGUAUAGGCCACGUGCUUCCAUAUAGGAAGGAACUGGAUGCAAUCAUCAUUAAUGAAGUUUGUUGGAUGCCUUAUAGUCAUCAUAGAGAUUAUCGACCAUUUGAAGAUAUAACACUAUAUUCAGGGUGGCUUAAGUGGGGUACCUACAAGCAAGCACACUUGCCUGAGCGGGUAUUACGUCAAUAUGGACAUGUUCAACACAUCCCAAGAUCACCUCAACAUGUUACUAGUGUGGUGAUUUCUCUUGAGGAGAUUGAUGAUAUAUGGUUGCACUAUGCAAAUUAUGUGGUGGAUGUUGCUGCUAUAGGCCAUCAACAAGAGCAUUCAAUAGAUUGUGAAGAUGGAUAUAUGCAAUGGUUCUCUCGGAUUUCUCACCCAUUGAUCAUUCCACCACAGGAGAGAGAGACUUCUAAGGUGCCUCAAAUGCAACCUGCUACAAUUUCUCAUUAUCCAAGUAUUAAUGGCCCUCAUUUUGUAGGGGAGACGUGCAAGAGUUGUAAGAAGAUUUAUGAUAUUUUGCAAAUGGUAUUUGAUAGAAGAUUGGCAAUAGAAGGUACUGAAAUUUGGGAUAUAACUAGACAGGCAUUGAUCAUGGCACGUGUUGGGAGUGGGGAAAAAUUCACACAUCAAAAAGGGAGAAAGGGUUGAAUUUACCAUAUAAUAGUGAUAGUUUACUUUGGUCUCUUUUGUUUAUUUUAACAUAUUUUGGUCUUUUAGUACUAUAACAGACUUUUAUAGAAGAAG